AUGCCUUCCGGACAGAGAGAAACUACGGUUUCCAUGCCGCUGACACCAUCGCGGUCCGAUUUGUAUUGGCGCAGAAUUUUUGAAAAGUACGACAAAGAUAAAGAUGGACGAAUCUCCUACGUGGAGCUUAAAGAUAUCAUCAACUCGGUGGAAUACCAACAUGACCUGCCAGACAAUGUGGUGGACAAGAUCAUGGAUCUGGCUGACAGAGACAACUCAGGGUACCUAGACUUCAACGAAUUCGUGGCCAUGAUGCAGAAUCCGGACUUAAAAGCAGUAUUUGGACACUUUGUAGCGAGAUAUGUACACUCUAUCAUACCCCAUCGAGGACCAGUAGAUACUACAGGAACGUGGACAGGUUUCCGGCCAGUUACCAGAAGUGAUGGCGCCCAUAGCACGUCAAUCUUUACAUACUCAGACGGGACCUAUGAAGAAGAGUACAGCUGUUGGCCGCCCGCCGUCUGCAUGAUCCUCAUCUCCCUGGUGGAAAUCGUUCUGUUUUGCUACGAUGCUGCUCACGGACACACGCAAGGCGAUGGAACUAUCGCCAAGCUAUUCAUCUACAACCCACACAAGAGACAGGAGGCGUGGAGAUUUAUUACCUACAUGUUGGUCCAUGUCGGCGUGGUCCACCUCCUAGUCAAUCUUCUGGUGCAGCUGUUCCUCGGCGUCCCACUAGAGAUGGUGCAUCGAUGGUGGCGAGUGGUGCUGGUGUAUCUGGCGGGCGUGGCCGCAGGGUCCCUGGCCACCAGCCUCACAGACCCCAAGGUCUAUCUAGCUGGAGCUUCAGGUGGCGUGUAUGCGUUAAUCGCAGCUCAUAUCGCUACUAUUAUUAUGAACUGGUCGGAAAUGGAGUUUGCCAUCAUCCAGCUGUUGGUGUUCGUGUUAUUGGCGGCAGUGGACAUUGGUACCGCGGUGUAUGAUAGAUACUGGCGGCAUCUAGACCAAAACAUCGGUUACGUUGCACAUUUAGCCGGAGCUGUCGCCGGUCUACUAGUAGGCAUCGGUGUUCUUCGUAAUCUUGAAAAGAGGAAAUGGGAGAAGCGGCUCUGGUGGGCGGCAGUUCUCAUCUACUGUUCUCUAAUGGCCGCUGGUAUCCUAGCCAACAUCUUCUGGACUGAGAGAUUCCAGAAAAGUCAUUAA